AUGGAGGAGAAGAUGAAACCAUUGAUAUCAGUGCCUAAAAUCAGUCUGGAUUUGCUCAAGAAAGAGUCAACAAUGCCACCAAUAUCACCAAGAUCAUCAUCAAUUCAUGAUGGAACCAGUAAUGCUUCUGCUGCUGCACAGCAAAUGGCAGCUAUAAUUAAAAGGACUACUUCAUUGCAGGUAUCACCAAGAGGAGGCUCGACGAAGGGGAGGUCGAACUGCCUUUGCUCGCCCACGACACACGCUGGCUCAUUCCGGUGCAGAUACCAUAGAUUUUCCGGCAUGCACCGGGGAGGUUCUGUUGGUUCCAAUCUCUCAGAAUUGGCUGCUAAGCAGCAAUCCAUAAAAGACUUGGCUUAAUUUCAAUUUUAAGUUAAUUAAUUAUGUGAUUAUUUAGAGUUCAUUAACUAUCUAUGUCAUAUUUUAAGAUUCAUAUCCAAUGUAUGAGUGAAGAGAGAGCAUAAGGCGUUCUCAUUGUGUUGUAAAUUUAUU